AUGUCGCUCGUUUGUCACCAGGAUUGCGCGUUGGGCCAAGGGUUAAUGAAGGACUGCAGGACUCUGUGCCAGUUGCUUCCUUCGUUGCCCAUCAGCACUAUGAGUGCCAACCAACGUCCUUAUCUUGUUCUCCAGCCGUCAGUGAGCACGACAAAGGUAAUAACGACAACGACGACAACCACAACAUACGCGCCCAUUCCUCUGCCACCACUUCCCCCGCCAGUAACUCCUCAAGAUCCAAAGCAAUAUCCCCUACUGAAUGCCACAUUACCCUCGUCAUUGCGCAAAUUUCCGCUCGUGUUUCCCAAUGGCGCACGCGCAACCUUUCGGGAAGGAGAAGGUUCCGAGGACGAGAGCCAGGACGAAGUGGUUGGGGGCGUGGGAUGGAGGAUGGUGAAAAAGGAUGAACAGGACACUUCGUCCGUCGUUGGUCUUGCUGAAGCGGUCGAGCGAUUUGGCAAGAAGCGAGCGCACAAUUCGGACAUGAUGGACAUCGAACUCACCACUGAAUCUGGUGUCACUGUCCCGCCACCAAGGAAGAAGGCACGAGCCACACCGCUGCCCCCGAUCUCGACGGUAAACGCAGCAGCACCGCCCUCCCCGCUGCCCUCACCCCAUGGGUCUCCCCCGCCUGAGACCAUCUGGCCCUCUGCGCCACCCAGCGGAGCAGGCUCUCCUGCACCGCUUCAACCUGACCUCUCAUUGACGGCAUUACUCGCUCUCCCCAACCUUGUCAAUCAUUUCGCAAACUUGCCACCACAAUUACAAUCGCACUUCCUAUUAACACUCAUGCGCCAUUCGCCUCUGUCCGUCCUUCGCACUCUGCAGUCCGUAUUAACACCGACUCUGGCACGCGACUUUAUCACUUUACUUCCCCCAGAGCUCGUUUCUCACAUCCUUAGCUUCCUACCCUUCUCCACCCUCGCUCGAGCAUCUCGAGUCUCCAAGGCCUGGCGCGCGAUCAUUGAUUCUGAUGCCGUCCUCUGGCGUGAUCUUCUCCAGAGUACAAAAAUAUGGUUUGGCGGUGAAUCGGAACAGGCGUUCGCCAAUUCCAUCUUCGCCAGGCGACGACGGCUACAACAGCAACAACCUAACCUUCCCAAAUCCCUUCCCCUUCCCCAUCCUUACAAAAUUCUCUUCAAGUCUAGGCAUCUCACCUGGACGCGCUGGGUCAACAACCAGGAUCCGAAACACAUCUCAGUCCCAGCACAUGGUUCUUCCGUCGUCACCUGCCUUAUCUUCUCGCAUGGUCGAAUUAUCUCUGCUUCGGAUGAUCAUUCUAUUCACGUCUACUCUCCCGAAACAGGAGAACUGAUUCGAGAGCUGAAGGGGCACGAUGGGGGUGUUUGGGCUCUGGCAGCAACGAAGGACACUCUGGUGAGCGGAUCUACGGACCGAACCGUCCGAAUCUGGGACCUCAACACAGGCAAGUGCACGCACAUUUUCGGAGGACAUACAAGUACAGUGCGGUGUCUUGCCAUCGUGAAACCGGAGCUGGUGAACAUUGAAGGCAAGGACGGUGUUAUCCGACGAGAGAAGUGGCCCAAACGACCUUUGAUCGUUACUGGCAGCCGUGACCAUUCACUCCGGCCUUUCAUGAGCCUCGUAACUGACUCGCCAAAGCUUGAGGAUACCAGGAGGAAUCCAUACCAUCGCGUUCUUCUCGAAGGCCACGACCAUGCCGUUCGAGCCUUGGCUGCCAGAGGCAGAACCUUGGUUUCCGGAAGCUAUGAUUGCACUGUUCGCGUUUGGGACAUCAUCGAUGGCGUCUGCAAAUGGACAUUGCAAGGUCAUACCCAAAAAGUUUACAGCGUUGUACUCGAUCUGGCACGAAACCAAGCGUGCUCCGGUUCCAUGGAUGGAAUUGUCAGAGUAUGGAACCUCCAAACUGGAGCUUGUCAGCAUACCCUGACUGGGCACACUUCCUUGGUUGGAUUGCUCGGCUUAUCUUCUUCGCAUUUGGUCUCCGCCGCAGCCGAUUCCACACUCCGGGUUUGGAAUCCCGAGACUGGAGACCUGCAGCAUACGCUUGCUGCACACACUGGAGCGAUUACGUGUUUCCAGCAUGACGAAUUCAAGGUCCUCAGCGGGUCUGACGGGAACCUCAAGAUGUGGAACAUCAGGGAUGGGACUGUCGUCCGGGAUCUUCUGACAGGCAUCACGGGUGUCUGGCAGGUCGUCUUUGAGGGACGGUGGUGUGUUGCGGCGAGCAACCGGCAGGACACAACAGUGAUCGAUAUUUGGGACUUUGGGAAGGACGAGGAUGAAGAUUGGAUUGGAGAACCACCACAUGGCAACUAUGACGAUGAAGACUUUAUCGAUGACGGAGACGAUGAUGACGAGGCAAAUGAGCGUAUCAGACGCUUUGUGACGAUGCAGGAUGACGACGAGGAACAAGCUGACAUUGAUGCAAUGGACCAGGACCUCGUUCCGUCGGAAAGUGAAUCCUUGGAGAUCCUGGAGGAUGUGGACGAGGAAAUGCGGCUUGAUAGCCAAGGGCGGGAUGAUCUCGACGACGAACAGCCGCCAGCGGAUUCGGACACGGAAGCGCCACAGUCUGAAGCGAGCGAAGCAGUGCAACGAUGGAAUAUUGGUGCAUCCACCUCGGCUGCUGGGAGUUCGUCUCGGGGUGGGUCGACUUCUCAGGUAAGCUCAAGUCGUUCACGGACAUCGAGGAAUCCACCACUUCAACUUCGCCGAGGGCCACCGCUCAUGGGACCCUCGACAUCCACUACUAUCGGUACAUUACCGCCGCUUGACGAAACCCCGACACGACCCCGGAUACGGACUCAUGUUCGACGACGAUAGACACCCUACCUCUUGCAAAACCAACCGUUCCUCAUUGCAAAACCCACCAUCCAUCAUCACCAUCAUCACGAUUCUGAAUUUCGCACAUGUCAAUUGUUUCCACUCGCACCGUCUCCCCCCUAAUCCAUUGCAGUUUGUAUGACUUAUCAGUUCCUAUGGGCUAUAUUGACGUGACGUUCCUUGUUAUGUUUUCUUCCUUCAUAUGUGGCUGUAUUACUGCUCUGACCUGAACAUUGUAUCCUGUCUUACAAUUUCUUUUCUUUGAGCGCAUUAUUCCUCUCGCGUAGUGUUUAUAUAGCACGAGGUUCUUUGGCGAUGUUCUUUUGCUUCGGUCCUUCCUUUCGUUUUCUGCGAUUCCUUCUUCCCUGGUAUCUGGAUUGACAGUCAUACCUCGCCGUUUCUUUUCUGUAAAUAGUGUAGCAUAUGUAGACGUAAUAAUAUGCCGGAAGAG